AUGCAGAAGCCAGCAACAGCACCCUGGAACCUUCCUCUCAGCACCUCCGACCUCCAGAAACUCAAAGCCGGUUUCAUCCCAGAAGAUCAAGACGACAAAUGGUACUUCUACACCUCGCCCACGGCUACCGAACAGCUCAUCACAGUGCACAUAGUUCGGAACAUGAUGAACGUCGAAAUGUUUGUACUUGAAGUCACAGCUAGCGAAAGCAGCGGUGGGGAUAUUAUCAGCGCGGAGAUCAAAUCUAUUACAUGGGAAACAAGUCGAGGUUGUCUUUCUGAGGAGGAAGCUAAAUACGAGGCUGUUAUGCUGGUUAGAGUCGUUUUGCGGUGUGAGGUUGAUGCGCUGCCGGCGUAUGAAUCUGAUUCGUGA